AUGGGGGCAGCCAGUGUCACUCGGUCUGGAGGAUCGGCCCAUGGGCAGCCAGUGUCACUCGGUCUGAGGACGCUUCAUGGGGCAGCCAGUAUCACUCGGUCUGGAGGACGCCUAUGGGGGCAGCCAGUGUCACUCGGUCUGAGGACGCUUCAUAAGCAGCCAGUCACUCGGUCUGGAGGAUCGCUUCAUGGGGCAGCCAGUGUCACUUCGGUUCAGAGGAUCGCUUCCAUGGGGGCAGCGCCAGUGUCACUCGUAUCUCUCUCUCAGGCCAAGCUGGAGACGAAGGCGCUGAAGGCUAAGAGACCAGGGUUCUCAGAGGAACGCUACAACGAAACAUCUUACUAUAUAGAAAACGGUUUGAGGAAGGUGUAUCCGUACUACUUCACCUUCACCACCUUCACCAAGGGCCGCUGGGUGGGAGAGAAAAUCCUCGACGUCUUCGCCAAGGAGUUCCGAGCACACCCAGCCGAGGAGUAUGAGCGGUGCAUCAAGAGCGGAACACUGACUGUCAAUUAUGAAAAGGUGGACACAGACUACCGCCUCAAGCACAACGACCUGCUGGCCAACAUCGUGCACAGACAUGAGACGCCGGUGUUAGCGCGAAACAUUGCAAUAUUACAUUUAGAUGAGGAUUUGGUCGUUCUCGACAAGCCAUGUUCCCUGCCGGUGCACCCGUGCGGCCGCUACCGACACAACACGGUUGUCUUCAUCCUGGCCAAGGAGUACAAUCUCAAGAACCUCAGAACCAUCCACCGCCUUGAUAGACUCACGAGCGGCCUCCUGCUGUUUGGACGGACACCGAAAAAGGCUCGCGAGAUGGAACAACAGAUACGGACUCGCCAGGUGACAAAGGAAUACGUCUGCCGUGUAGAAGGAGAAUUCCCAAGGGAACAUAUAGAGUGUAACGAACCCAUAGAGGUGGUCAGCUACAAAAUUGGUGUAUGCAAAGUGUCACCCACUGGGAAGGACUGUCGCACGGAGUUCCAGCGUCUAUCCUUCAACGGCAAAACUUCAGUAGUGCUGUGUCGCCCCCACACUGGUCGUAUGCACCAGAUCCGUGUCCACCUUCAGUAUCUGGGCUACCCAAUUGUCAACGAUCCACUGUACAAUCACACAGUAUUUGGGCCAAACAAGGCAAAGGGUGGCAUUGUGGGCAAGACUGACGAACAGCUGAUACAAGACCUAAUCAAGAUUCACAAUGCUGAGAACUGGCUUGGAAUGGAUGGUGAUGCUGAGUACUCCAUGUUUAAGGGUCGUGAUAAGACAGACAACGAAGAUGAAGUGGGAUCACAACGCAAUACUCCGAGCCCCAAAGAGAAGUCACCACCUGCUGCCAACUCUCCCAGGGUGACUUCCCCCCCAGCCCUUAUUGCUCCCACGGGCUACCAAACACCAAAACCCAUUGCUCCUUCUGCUGUGCAUAUUCAGCCAUCGAUGGUUGGGGCUGAAGCUGUCCCACCAAAAGCACUGAAUGGAUGCAACAGUGGACUACUUGGGGGUGAGGCAGGAGGUGCUGUUGUAUCUUCAGGAACUCAGACAAGUGAGGGCACCAAGGAGUAUGGCUACCAGGCAUGCCUAAUGACCAUUGAUGAGCACUGUUAUGAGUGCAAAGUGAGGUACCGUGACCCCAAGCCUCGGGACCUGGUGAUGUACCUCCAUGCUCUUAAAUAUGCUGGACCUGGAUGGCAGUUUGAAACCAAGUUGCCUGAUUGGGCCAAUGAGGAAUGGGGAAACCCAGAAGAGGAGCAAUAAAUGGAACCACAAAUGAGUGUGACAAGACAGAAUCAGGGGAUUAACAUAGAUCAUACUGCUGUAGGAAGACCUUUGAAUGAUGUUUUGCAAAGGACCAUUUACUCAAGAGACAUCUGUGGAGACUUGACGCUUCAUGAAGGUGCUAUUUUGACAGGAUCUGGCCGAUGAAUGGAUACUACACAUGUAACCGUGAACUGUCAACCUCCGUGUUAUCUUGAUCUGUGUUUUUUUUUUUUUUUUUUUAUGUAACCAAUACAUUUGUGUUACUAGGAACUCCUAAUUGACUACAGUUACUUCAGUCAUGGUGUUGCCUAAGUAUUCAUGUACCUGCAGUAGAGCUGGGCAAUAAUAAGUUCGCAGGCAAGUUUUCCAGUGGCAAGAUUUAAGAUUUUGAUAAUGAGUUGCAGUUUUAUGAGUAUCUGAAACUAUCACCACCUAAAGAAACAUUUCUUGUUUUUCAACUCAUAAAGAAAAGGAUAAACUUGGAUAGGCACUUUCAAAUUACAGAUGAAGCUGUGAAGAAUGUUUUUUGAUGGCAAAUCUGCUACCUAGUAUAUAUUAAGUUUAAGCACUGUAAUUUCCUGUAUUGAAUGGAAUUAGUUAUAGAUUUAUUUAUUGACAAUUCUUUCAAGACAUAAUACAUUAUAGUUGAAUUUGGGAAAGCCAUGCAGAGAUACGGAAAAAAAUAAUUUGCUUGCUGUUUUUAAGAUUAAGUAUCGUAUCUUGAUGGCUUGCUCCAAGGUUGCCCUCACCCCUCAGUGUUGUAUUGUAGCCCCAUAUUUCAUGCAGUAAAUUAUAUAUAUAGCAACUGACAUAAGACCAUUGUGGUACAUGAAAAUGAACUCUAUAUGCUGAUAUGUUAAAUUAAUAUUAAUAGUAACUGAGAGGCAAGGAAUAAUGUUUAGUUAUAAGGACGUUCAUAUUAGAAAGUGCUAUACAGUACAUUUUAUACAGUCAUUUAGUUUUGUUAAAUUCAAGGAAUGCAGUCAGUGUUCAAUUGGUUGUUAUAUGAGUUUUAAAGGACGUGAACUAAUGUCUGGUGUUGCUCCGUGCUGCGUUAUAGUCGCGAGGGCCGUCACAUGAGAGUGCUGGCCAUAUGUCCCUCGGGUCCUCGAUGCUGUAGAGCAGGUUCUACGAGCAGUCAACACACCACUCGGCAACACCAGUGCUACGCCCUCUGCCUGUGCUAGGCAUCUACAGUAAUGAAGCUCGACUUCUACCCAAACACUGACUGCCGGUGAUUGCCAUGUGCCGUCUGAGUCCCUGCAAGCAGGGCCGUAGUGAACUAGUGGAGUUUACAUGCUUGGCACUUUGUUAAGAGCACGUGUUAUGAAAAAAUACAUUUAGCGUUGCAUUUGCAUCUAAUUUUUGAAGAAUCUGACUUUUUUGUAUGAUACUGACAGUCAUGAACUGUGUCAUUAGUUAUAUACAGUAGAUGAAGAACAAAAUUAAGAAUCAGAAAAGUAAACAAUAAGAUUUUCUUGAUUAGCAAUUCAUGCACAGGUUCUUAUGCCUCCUAUGCUUAGUUGAGUCAUAGAAGUCUGUUGUACAAAUUGUUUUACCUUAGGUUAAGGUGAUAUGAAAUGUAUCAUGCAUCUUUAAUGUAAAUACAAGUGAUCUUGUAUAUUCGCCAUAAACCUGUAGAUAUUUGUUGAGCGGGUAGAUAACCGUUUCUUCUAUGGUAUUCAAUCUUCUGUUAGAGCUAUAGCUAAGUCCUUAACUCUGCAUUUUAGAUGAUACUUCUGCUUUUAAAGUACUACAGUACUUGUAGAUAAUGACUAGUUGUGUGUACUGAUUGAGGUAUAGUUCUCUUUACUUUUUUAUUUUAUUUUAUUUUUUUUUACUUGCACAACAUUGUACCAUUCAGCAGAUAUUGCUGCCUGACUUUUAAUACAGUAUUCAUGAAUAUUGUUUCAUGAUAACAAAAUCAGCCACAAAAGUAUUGCAAUGUGACUCUGAAUCCCCUGUCACAUCACAAAUGGUUCAUUCCCAUUUCAUGUGGCCUCCAUACACUAAGAAGAUAGUCGGAGGAUGUGCAUUAUUUAUGCAUCUCAGCGCAAUUUAAGUGAAGACAGAUACAUGCUGGGGGAAAUUCAAGGGCUCCAAAGACAGGAAAGAAUUUCGACUCACUGUGAUGUAUCCGUGUCAGUUCAGUACAACUAUUUUGAUUUUAAACUAUGACGAUGUACAGGAAUGAUGAAUGUCAAGCAUUGUACACUGUGGUCAGAUAGAGGCACAGUAAGUGUGUAAAUUUCCCUAAAAUGCAGCUGCAAUAGGAAGCUUAUGGUGCACGGGAGGAUAAAUUGUAUACCUUGUGAAGAAACUUUCCUGUCUGGUUAGUGUUAAGGAUUGUUAAUUCUGAUAUAUAAAGGAACGGGCCUCCCUACCAUGUAUCUGUUAGCUAGCUUCAUGAUGCCAGAGCUCAAAGCCAUGUAAACUGGCCGGGAGUUGGCCAUUAAUAUUAGGUUGGUAUGCCUGCUCCGAAAUAUGCCUUCCCAACUUUUCUACUGGUUUCUGAGCCUUAUACUGAGAAUAUUCUUGGUAACAAGCUCUUUCUCGAACUGUGCCUUAGAUCAUUGUAAUUAUGAGGCCGAGUUCUCUGCUGUAGUUUGCCCUGGCAUCUGCAACUCACAGAAAGAGAGACAUUAACUUGGCAUUGAGACACUUGUAUCAUCUACUAAGUGUAGAUAGUGUCAGGUGACUGAGGGAGCAACUAUAGCAGAGUGGCUCUGGUGUACUCAGCCUUGGGUAGACACAUCAGAAGGGUAUAAUAAUUAUUAUAAUAAAUAUUGAUAGAAUUGUUGCCUUCAUUUUGUACAUGAUAGAGCACCCGGUCAAUCAUUUAUGACCGUUAGUUUGUUUCGGCCCAUCUGAAAAUUAGACAAAAGUCAUAUAAUGAGGACCUUCAUUAACAUUUCAAUAAGGAUUAUUUUGCUAUGUUUGAAAGUAAAAAAUUAGUCUUACAGUACAGUACAUGUAAAGACCAUAUUUGCCUGUAUAGCACAUAAAAUUUUUGGCAUAGUAACAAACUGUGAGGUGCUGUGGUAUCAGGAAAAAAUACAAUCCAAUAGUAGCAAUAAUGUGAUUAGAUGAAGUAUUCCCACAGAAAAUAUUAAACUAGAGUUUUGAUCGAGUCAGAGGAGCCAGGUAGAGUAAAUUAAUAACCUGUGUAAAUAACGUUGCUUUAGAUAAUAUUUUAACAUUUAUUUACAAGUAUUACUCAAUGUACGUAGGAAAAUCUCUGGAUAAGCGUCUCCCGCCAUAAUACACACGACUGUAUAGCUUUGACUUAAGUCCCUACCUCGAUAUCCUAGACGUAUAAUUCUUAGCUGUUAAGGCAUCUAAUUAGAAAGUUUUGUUUAUAGAUUUAAUAUAAUUUUAAUGAUAAUGGGAGAAGGGACAAGCACAUUAAGCUAAUGAUAGUCUGUUACCAUUGUUACAUACAUAAGAGAGGUAAAUGCUUCAAAAUUCUCUGUUAAAAAAAAUCUUUUAUUACUGUUCACGUGAAGUAUUGAUCCCAAGCAUGAGACUCGUAAUGCUGAUGAUUAAGUAAAAGAACAGUGGUCGUCCUACCUACAUUACCAGUAUUCUUGACCUUACUCGGCUGUUUUGAGAUGAUACGGUUGUCCAUACUGCUUCUGUAUGCUGUUAGAGCAGUUCAUUUAAAUGGAGCAUUGUGGAAUCAUCCUUAAACUCAAAUUAGUUAUAGGGUCUUCUUUAACUCAGUCACUUCCAUGCGUUGUUGUAAGACCUCGGUAAAAACACACAGUCGCAUCCAGAAUAGACUUCGUAGAGGGGGCGGAUCUUACCGUAGAGAACCAGCUGUUCACAGGCAAGUUGGCACAAGUUAUGAAUAUAAAGUCUUUUUACUGAGAUACCUUUAGCUCUCUUGAUGCAUAUCAGGUUAGAAGGAAAUAGUUUAGUACUAGAAAUUUUAUGAUGGAAUGUAAGUGCCUAUUUUCCUGCGAAUGAUUUUAUUAUCUUCUCUGUAAAGAAUAAGUCCAUAUAAUGCUUCUUUCACUUUAUACUCCUACUGUUAUUGCAUUAUAGUUCUCUGCCAGGUGGACCCGUGUGCCCCCACCCUACGUAGGGGAGCCUUGGAUGUGAUGUUGUUUACUCUGUUCAGCAACAUUCCCAUCGGACCAGCUCAGGAAGUCAUCCCCUUCACUGACGCUUGCCCAAUCCUUCCCAAACCACCACCAGUUUCCUCUUUCUCUAUUGGCGAUUCACAAGUAAACUAUUCAUUUGUGUCAUUACUGGAAGAAUCGUUAACUUGAAAACUGAGUAGUGUUAGGCUUUUUAGAAAACAGGCGAGUUGAAUAUAAAAAAUAGGUUAAGUCACCUGACUUUGUUGAAAAGAAAACUAACUAUACCAUAAUUUAUAACAUCACAGAUUAUUUUAAUUAUAGUCCUUUGAAAUGGAAAUCAGUUAAGAAUCUGAAUUUUGUAAACUAAUUAUUUGGGGACAGCUCACACUACUUACCGAGAUGAACAGAGAGCAGUAUUUUUUUAUGGGUUACUCAUCAUCAUGUCAUUGCCCUGCUCUUUGACCCUCAUACAUAAGAUUUUUCUUUUUUUCUUUUUCCAGCAGAAGAGGGAAGAUAAAUUAUUUUCAAGAGUGUAAGGGGAGGGUAGCGUCAGUCUGGUGGCUCCUUCAUCUGUCAACCCUUCUUCCUCCUGUUACAUACAUAUAUGGUCUAUGGUGUGGUCAAACUUCUCCAAGGUGUUUAUUCAUAAUAUUUAUUCUGAAAUGGAUUCUUAGAAAAGUAAAGUAAUUUGAUUUGAUUUAUUCAGAAUCUGAAGUUUUGAAAUUCACAUCAUAUUUACUAAAACAACAGUACAAUACAGUAGAUACAAGGACAGGUAGAGUAAUUAACAGUAGAUACAGGUACAGGUAGAACAAUUAAUAGUAGAUACAAGUACAGGUAGAGUAAUUAACAGUAAAUUCAAUUGCAGGUAGAGUAAUUAAUAGUAGAUAUAAGUACAGGGUACAGGUAGAGUAAUUAACAGUAGAUACAAGUACAGGUAGAACAAUUAACAGAAGAUACAAGUACAGGUAGAACAAUUAACAGAAGAUACAAUUAUAAGUAGAGAAAUUGAUAGUGGAUAUAAGUAUUGUAUAUAGGUAGAGCAAUUGACAGUAGCAGAAUGUUGUUAAACUCAAAAUUAGUUUCUAAUGGACUCGGCAAUUAAAGAUAGAGGUUUAAAGUAUGAUGAUGAUGAUAUGAAUUACAGAUCUUUUUAUGUUACAUGAAGAUGAAAGUUGUAUUUUGGCACUUCAGUUACCAACACCACGUACACUGUAUAGGUAUUAAUAUCACUCGGGAGAAACUAUGAUUUCAAAAUAUGUUGAGGAAAAUUUGUUUUGUUUUAUGCUGAAUAUUCCAUUACAUUUUAAAUCUCGUAAGAUAUGUUUUAUACCAAAAAUUGGAAUUUAAAUGAAGUUGAUGGUGCACUUUGCUGAAAAUUUUGUAUUGGAAGAUGAUAAUUGAGGCCCCUGCAUCAUAAGGGUAGCUCACACCACCCGGGCAAAACCCAUUUUUGUUGGAAAGCACUACUGUCUGUUUGGCCUAGCUCUAUACGAUGGUAGUGGAUAAGAUCUCUUUACUACACUGUAAAUAAGGUUGAAAGCCUUUUGAAAAUAGGGUGUAACAUCAAUUUGUGGCAGACAGGAUAAUAUGGGCUUGGCUUUUGCGUCGCCAGGUGCUCUUGUCCUGUCAGUGAGUGAGUGAGAGGAGCGGGCGACAAAUCACAGCGGCCGGCCCGCAGCCUCCUCCCCGUCUCUGCCCUUCCAGCCAAUGAGUGCGGAAUCCCUCUCUCCCUCUCCCUCAGUUCUCUUUUGUUGUGGUGGCAUCUACACUCUGAUAUCGAUUAAAGUAAAAAAAAAACAUAAGCUGGUGGGAGUUUUGUUGCCUCAAGUCAACAGGCAACAACCCAGUACAUUACUUCAUGACGCACUACCUACCUACUGCAAGUACAGUCCGUUAGCUUUAAAAUGCAUAAAAAAUUAAUGCUGUAUCUCAAAAAAACAACAAAGUUAUGCUUGUUAGACGUUGGAAAAUUUUUGAACACGGUUUUCUCGGUUUCAAAUUUUGGCGCUAGUAACCCUUACUAUGCUGGGGGGGGCCUCAGUUGUUUCAUGCUAUAAAUUUUCACUUGUAUCCAUCCUUUCUUAAAUGGCAGCACCGAGGGAACCCAUAGAUCACGUACGUAGUGUUCAGGUGUGUAAACAGUUGCUUCAGUUUCUUCUUGGCUUCAUUUUGUGGGGGGACUGUAAUGCAGUGAGAAGAUACAACCCUCGGAUCACCAAAAACUUUGGGUUAGUUUUUCUGGCUUCAUCACCUUCAUCCUUAUUUUAUAGAGGAAUGGAUCAUAUCAAGUUAACCUUCCCUUUUGUCAUUUUGUGGCUUAAUGUACUCCAAACUCUCUUGUUAUAUUUUUAAUGGAUUACUGUUCCCUGUAUUAGGUUUUCUACUGCAUUUUAAAACUUUCACAUUUAUCACCUUUGAAUUGAGUGAAAUUAUCUAUUUAAAACUUCAUGUUAUUUUUUAUUUAUUUAUUUUUUUUAAAGCUGUACUUAAACUGUUGCGAGCACAAAUUGGGGACAGGGUUGAUUUUUUUUUCCUAUGUAAGAAAUUUUAAAUUUGUUAUAGCAUUUAAGGUUCUGGUUGUGUUUGUGGACUUGUAAAUAGUUGUGGAAAUAAUACUGUACAGUUGUAUAGCAAUAUGUACUGUACUGUUUUGGUCAGAAGGUGGAAAGUUGUGUGUCCCAAUAAGGAUUGUAUAAUUCUUUCCUCUGUUGUUUUAUUGUUUUAUGACUGUGCGAGUGUCAAUCCGGAGUAAAUUUCAGUGUUACAUAUUAAUAAAGGUUUGGGUGCUAAA